AUGUUCUUCUCUGGUUCCUUGACGCAAAUACUGCGCGAAUUGUGGAGGAUAAUGUCGAGAUCAAUGUCUUACCGACGGCGGGUCGUUUUGGUUUUGCCGCUGGUCUUUUUCGGCCUUUGUCUUUUCAUCUUACAACCUCUCCGCCAUAAACCUUAUCCGGGCAUUACAAAGCUUGCCACCACAAAAAAUCUCGAUCCACACCCAAUCGAUCAACUUAUUUCAAAUGCUACCAGGCACUUCGAGCAGUUACUAAGCCGACGCUCGUUCACACUCGAGGAUGCUGCGGCUCGCUAUCGUGAACGACGCGGUCGACACCCACCGCCCGGGUUUGACGCGUGGUUUAGGCAGGCUACAAAAGACAAUGCAAUUAUUGUGGAGGAGUUCUUCGAUCGGAUACACCACGACAUCAACCCCUUCUGGGCUCUGGAACCUAGAAAAUUACGCAUACAAGCAAAGACCCAACCCCAGGUCAUCAGUGUCCGAAAUAAGAAAGUGACCAUGGUCACGGACGACCCUACACGGCAACCGUGGAUCCAGCAUUGGACCAAAUUAGUCAAGAAGAUGGUGCCACAUCUUCCCGAUCUCGACAUGGCCGUAAAUGUGAUGGAUGAGUCGCGUGUUUUAACGCCAUGGGACACCAUCAACCAUUAUCUCAACAUGGAAAAAGAGCAACGCUCGAUUGUUGACCCCAAGGAUACCAUCGCCGAGUAUAGCAGUCUGCAUGAGCUUGAUAGCGAGAAGCAUGAUGUGUACGAUCCUGGCUGGAUUGGAGGGGAUGCGGGCGAGUACUGGAAUCACUUUCGUGAGACCUGUUCGCCUGACAAGCCAAGUCGCCAUAUCAGCCGUCUAGAGUCUUUUGAUGUACCUGUUGAGUUUCCAAGCCAACAAAUGCCAUACACAUACCACGGAUUUAUCCAGAAUUUCACUCAGGCACAAGAUCCCUGUCUACAGCCCCAUCUACGAGGACUUCAUGGGACGUUUAUCGAGAGCUUUAGCAUAUCAACAACCAAGACUCUCUUCCCCCUCUUUGGCGGUUCAAAGCUACCUGGCAAUAAUGAGCUUUUAAUACCAGGCGGUAUGUAUUUGUCCAGCCGCAAGUUAUACGAUGGCGGCCGGCGUAGCGGUGGAAGCUGGGCCAAGAAGAAGAACGGGCUGAUAUGGCGCGGCACGGCCUCGGGUGGGCGCAACAAGCCUAGCAAUUGGUGGCAUUUCCACCGUCAUCGAUGGGUGCAGAUGAUGAAUGGCACCGACGUGGCUCAACUUGAGCAAGGAAUGUCCUCGUCCCACCAAACAUUUAAUCUCCUAUCGACGGACAAUUAUUCGCUGCCAAACGCCAUGCACGGCCGAAUUGGUCGUUGGCUCACUUCCUUCUCUGAUGUCGCUUUUGUGCAUAUGGAAUGUUUUCCUACGCCAGCGAAGCCAUUCGAUAUGACGUGCCCGUAUACGGCCGACUCCAUGGCUGUCGCCAAGCCGCUUCCCAUGGGGGACCAGUUUGGCUACAAGUACCUGCCUGACGUCGACGGCAAUUCCUACAGCGCCCGCUGGCGGGCAUUUCUAAAGUCUACCAGCAUGCCGCUCAAAGCCACUAUUUACACGGAGUGGCAUGAUGACCGGAUGAUUCCUUGGGUCCAUUUUGUCCCCUUUGACAUGUCAUACAAGGACAUCUAUGCCGUGAUGCAGUACUUCCUUGACGGGCACGAUGAAGAAGCUGAGGUAAUAGCAAAGGAGAGCAGAAAUUGGGCGAAUGCUGUGUACCGAAACGAGGACAUGAAACUUUCUUCUUAA